AAUUUUAAAAUUUCCAUCACUAAAUACGGUCUAGCCAUCUAAAUUUUUUUUAAUGUUUUUUCAAUAGAGGCGCCAGAAAGUAAUUCAAAACAUUGUAUUGUUAUUACUUAUCAGUAUACAUAUACAUAUAUCACAGAUACAUAUCGUAUAAUAUUUGUAAUCAGCACAGCAGGCAGUAGUGUUACUAGUUUUCUACUGAUUUCUGUACCUAUAAUCCGUUUAAAUAGUUAAGUAUAUUGACAUUUGACAGUCUGCUCGCUUCAAAACUAAUGUAAAUUAACUGCGAUAAUCGUGAUUUAACAAAAAUGUUUAAUAUUAUAUAUUAUGUUAACUAACACACACAAGUCCUCAAAUGAACCAACCAAUAUAGAUUUUGAAUAAGAUUUAUAAAAUAGAUUUCACCCUAAUUAAACAUUUACAUUGAAUCAUUCAAAUGGCUACUGUAUCGAGUCCUGUUGUUUUGGCCAAUAGUCUUAAUAAUUUGAACUUGAAUGAUAGUCAUGAAAAUCUGACUAAUCGUCCCAAUGAAUUAUCAACGCUUAAACGACAGUACGAGACUAUAUUUUCGUGGGAUGUCUAUGAAAAGACUGGCAAAAGUAGAAAUAAGCUGGCUGAAAUAAUAGAAAAAAUCGAGCAAAAAAUUGAACUUGUCUUCAUAAACAAAAACAAAUUCAGUAUUGAUGGAUUUUAUUUGCUACUAAUCCAUUGUUUUGAAACAUUUUUGGAUGGCAACUUUUCACAAGCAUUAUCUGAAAUUGAAGGCAUGAUAAACAACUUAAAACAAGUGCAUUCAGAUGACUUUUACAAUCAAAUUUCAGAUGCUUGUUUUCAUAUUACAUACGCUUCUCAAGCUUACAUUAUGAUUUAUAUGGAUCAAAACAUAAAAGAGAUAUUUUCAAAAAUUAAACCACUCUCUCAAAUGAAUAGAGCUGAAAGAGCAGCUAUAAAUGCUGUUAAGUGUAAAGUAUUCAUGGAAUAUCCACCAGCUGGCAACAAAAUUGCUUUAAACUUUGCUGAAUCGGCUCGAAAUCUGAAUGAUAAUGAAGUAAAAUGGAUUGACAUGUGGUUAAAAGUUAAAGGUCGUGAAAGAAGAUUUGACAACAAGUUUACACUUCCGUUCAGAGAAGAAUUUCUGGCUGCAGAAAAAUUAAGUACAACCUUAACAGAUCCUGAACUUUUGAUUAGAGCAUCUAAACUUUAUGAGGAAGCAGGCUUUGCUCUUAAAUUAAGUUCCAAUUGUUUGGAAUCUGAUAAUUAUUAUAAAUUAGCUUCAACUCUAGCAGUAAAAGCAUACAAUAUGGACAAAGAUGACAUAAAAACUAUGUAUAAUUGUCUCGAAAUAUUCAUGGAUCUUCCACAGAAUUUCAUGUCUGCAGAUAUGAUUUAUAAUAUAGCUAAAAAACUUAGUAAAACUCAAAACUUUAGAGUUGAUGCAAUUUUAGGAAAAUAUUUCAUGAAACGCAAAAAAGAUUAUAAUGCGGCUAAACAUCACUUGGAAAGAGCAGUCUCGAGUGGAAAUUUUACAAGUUCAUUGCAUUUAUUGAAAGUUGAAUGCUUACUAAGUUCAAAAUUCCCAGUUGUACAAUUUUUAAAUUCAUUGUAUGAUGUAUUUACUGAACCUAAAAGAAGACUUAUUAUCAUUUCACAAAUACUUUUAUAUUAUAUCUACAAUGAAAGUAAUCCAAAACAGUUAUUGCAUUUUUUGGAUGUUUACUUGGAUCAAGAUAUUGAUAAUUUACAGAAAAAACAUCAUAUCAAUGCUACUUUUCCAUUAUACCAAUUGAAAAAAAAAUUUAAUCCAAAAACAUUUUUGAAUUUAUUGACAAGGGAAAUAGAAAAUCUAAAACUUCAUCCCAAUUGGGAUUCCAAUGAGAAGAUAAUUUUAGAAAGAGUGUUGUCUAGGUUUACUGCUACAUGCAAUCCAGAACGAACGGAACAAAACAUUGUUGACGCUCUUACUUGUGUCGUUUGUCUGGAGAUUGAUAUUGCACGUGUUGUACUUAGACCUUGCGGUCAUCGUUGUCUUUGCAAAUCUUGUUGGGAGCAAUUAAGCAGUACGGCACAGUGCCCAUUGUGUCGCAGUGUAGUUACAUCAACAUUAAUUUGUUAAGUUAAUAAUAAUAUAUUUACUUGUUAACUGUUAUCCAAAGUUGUAUUAUGAUUUUUUUAUUGUACCAACAUUUUUAAAAUCUAACGGAACAUAUUUAAUUUGAAUCAUAAUUUUAACAAAUAUGAUAACUACUUAAAUUGUUUUAUUAUGUAAAUCCAUUAUUAAUUACGUUGUUACACAAGUUAUGUGUAAAAAAAAAAGUGUACAGCUUUUAAGCUAUAUGAAAUUCACUUAUGUAAAUUCAUAAAAAUAUUUAUAUUCAUGAUUAUAAAUGUUUACAAGUUGGUUGUUAUAAAAAUGUUAUUAUUUUAUCACCUAUAUUAUA